UAUGAAACGAGCUUUUUAAUUGCUCAAAAAAAUUGACACGUUUGGAGUGGAGUUUAGUCCAGCUAUAAACAACAAAAUGAAUUUUAGUUAUAAAACUAUAUUAGGAGGUGUUUUUUCUUUAAUAAUUUAUUCCCUUAGUGCAGCAUAUUUUUUUUAUGAAAUGUAUAGAUGGAUGAGUAUGGAUAUGGUUCCAAUUGUUACUACUGAACUUCAUAGCUUUAAUGAUGAUAUUGAAAAUUUAUUAGAUGAAUCCAAUGCAUCAAUUGAAUUUGAAAUUUAUAAUACAGCAAAUGGAAAUGACUCAAUCAAUCCAUUUAGUCAAAAAUAAAUUGUUUUAACACCAAUAUUGAAGAAUUAUUCAAAUGGGAAAGAAUAAGCUGUUGGAUAUAAUUUUUCUGAAUUUGUCUAAGAAAAUGUGUUUUCUCCAAAAUUAAGACUCAACUCAAAAAGCGAGUAUCAAAUUUCUUUUGCAAGAUGUACACAAGACGCACUUAUUGAAGGUUAAAUAUGUGCAGAUUAAGAAGUUAUGAAUAACUUUUUUAAUUAAAGAGGAAACGAAUUGUAAGUUAACGUAAUUCUUAAAAUGGUUGAUCCAAAAACAUUCACAGAAAAAUAAAUAAAAAAAACAUAUGGAAUAAUUUUAGAAGAAAUUGAAUGCUAAAUUACUAAAAUAAGCAUGGAAUACACACAUUAUUAGAUUUAUAAAGAUUUUAUAUUUCCUACUCCAAUUAAUAAAAUAUUUGUUAGUGAAACAGUUGAAUAAACAACUUAUGGAACUAAAGAUUAUUGUUCUAAAAGAUUUGUUGAAGAAAGUUAUGCAUUAUUAUGGAUUACUACAUCUCAAGUUGCAUAUGUUCAAAGAAUGUAAUAUCCUGAAAUUGGUGAUAUACUAGCAAAUAUAGGAUCUAUUAUAGAAGUUCUAUUUUUAAUUGAGUUUUUAAUAUAUAAACUUAAUGAAAAUUGCCUUAUUAAUUCUAUGUAAGAUUAAAUUUUAUCUUUUUAUUAUCCAGAAUUAUAAUAUCUUAAAAUCAAAAAAAAUUGUUUUGGUACAAUAACUAAAUGUUAAUUAUAUUCAUAAGAAAUAAAUCCUAAAAGUUUUAUCGAUUUUAAAAACAAAAUUACCAAAUUACUUAAUUGUAAAUUUAAUUAUUUGAAUUUAAUCUAUGAAAUAUCAAGAUUAUAAUUUAUUUUAUAAUCAAUUAUGAUAAAAGAAGAAAUUUAUUAAUCUCAUUAGAUUGGCAUAAAACUUUAACUUGAAAAAUAAUAAAAUGAUUAGUAAUAUAAUUUAAUAGCUGAAGACAAUGAAUAAGGAUUGCUUGAUUCAGCAAAAAUAUCGAAUGAUAAAAGAUUGACAUUUAAAGACUCUUUAUUAUUAUGUAUUAACAAUAGAAAUAUAAUUUUGGAAGAUGAUUAUAUAGAUUAAGAGUUAAUUUCAGACAGAAAUUUUUUUGAAAUAAACAGAAUUAGUAAAACUAAGAUUUGA